GGAUUUGAUUCCCGCCAUUUUGAGUCUUCGUGUGUUCGAACAUUUGUGCUACUUUCCUCCAUUAGGAAAGCAUGGCAGCAUCAAAAAUUUCUCUCGACAAAGACGCCUUUUUUCGGCGAAUCAAAAGGAUUUACGACGUCUGGAAGGUAAAAAUUUUGACGUGUUUUGGGGUCAUUGAAGGACAAGUUUGACUUAGCGAUGGGACUUAGAUUUUGCACGUAUGACAAAUAUUUAAUAAGCAUAUGAUGUUAAUUUCAGAAGGAAGACAGCACGGAAGAUAAUGGGGCUGCUUUUCCAAGUGUCGACACAGUGGUGAUUGCAGUCGGGCAGGACGAAGACGUCAUUUACAGUAAAUCGACAGCAAUACAGGUACAAAAUGUUUUUACAGUGUCGGUUAUCGGCGGUCACAUGGCCUCAAUUGUGCUGUGGAUUAUUUAAAUUUCUGAUGUACAUGAGUGCAUUAUCUGGAGCGAAAUGAAACGGAUUUGAUCGAUUUAUAACACUGUCAAAAUGCAUUCCAUUCCUACGAUACCUAUAUCAAGUCGUUGUGAUCAUUGUUUACAUGUAACUUGUGCUAAUUCUACUAAAAACAUGUACUAAAUAUUAUUAAUACCAAUAAAUAUUAAUCAUUAAUUAAAUAAUUUUCAGAAUCACGUAGUUACAUGAGUAAUUUGUAAUUUAAGCUGUUAUGGGUUCAAUCACUCUUCCCAUAUCAGCAUGUACCCUUACUUUUGGUAUCUUAACAAAUCUUUCCCAGUAAAUAACUCAGAUGUGGAAGUUGACAUGAAACUGAAAUUCUCUGUUGCCUUGAAAAAAUUGUUGUCCUUUAUAAUCCACAAUGGAACUGAGAACCGUGAUAAAACACUAAUUGCUUCCCUUUAUUGAUUAAAGAAUGCCUUGUGAGAUUUGAAUUGUACUCUUUUUUUAUUAUUACAAUGGAAUGGAAACUAGGGCACUGUAUAUUGGCUUUUUGAAAAUUUGUGGUUAAUCAAAUUAAGAAUGAAUGCUUCUCUUCCUCUUUCUGCAAAUGAACAGAACAGGAAAACAUUUCUGUGGUUGGUCUCUGUGUCACAACCUUCAGCAUAACCCUUUAACUCCCGGAAUGCUGAACAUGUAACUUCUCCCUAUAAUAUCCAUAAAUUAUCCAAUAAACAGGUAAUGAGAAUAUUUAAAAUUUUCAGGUAGAAGUUGUAAUCUGAUAUCAAAUUCUUAAUACUAAUGCACAUAGAAACAUGUAGCUGCUAAAGGGCAGACUUGACAAUCAGAUCUUGGGAGCUAAAGAUUUAAUAAUUUCUCGUUUGCCCCUUCUACACUGUUUAUAAGUACAUAGUGCCAGGUACUGGCAAAAUUCCCAUCCACUGGUUACUUUCUCUGAAAUUAACAGUGUUAGAAUAACAAUUAAAACUUCCAUUAGCUUUUCACUGCGGAAUUUUUGUGCCAUCUGCCACUGAAAUGUUUGAUUGUGUUGUACCUGUGAAGAGGACUGAGAUUGAAUUGAAUCAUGCUUGUUAAGUUUUUGGUGGUUUUUGUUUCUUCAGCAAUGGUUGUUUGGUUAUGAACUGGCUGAUACUGUAACAGUGCUGUGUGAGGGAUCAGUUCACUUUCUUGCCAGUAAAAAGAAAUAUGAUUUUCUGAAACCAUUACAAGAUAUGCAAGUGAAAUCCAACACCUCACCAUCGAUACAACUUCACUUGAGAAACAAGGUAGGAAGGAUUUUUGCAAAUGCCAUUUUCUAUAUUUAGUUUUAUUCUAACCUUAGCUUGACUUUUAUUAACAUUAAAUGGUGAUCAGAUAAUGUUUUGGAAAAAGUUUGAAGUAAAGGAAAGUAGCAUUUAAACUGGAGAUAAAAGUAAACCGCAUAUAGAAAUUAUAUAUCAUGUUAUUUUCUAUGUAGUAUUAUCAAUGCCCCAAGCUGCCACUGUCUUGGUAACCAUAGCACCUAGAAUAGAAUAGAAUAAACUUUGGCAACUGAAUUAACAACAUAAGUUGCCAAAUUUGGUAGCCUUUGCCAUGUAUUUAGUAGGUAUAUGUAUGUCUUUACCUCCCAUAUUAUAAUAAGCAUGGGCCAGCAAAGAUUUCCCUCUCCUACCUUGUCCACUUCUGGGCCAGUCUUUUGAGUGUGCUGUAGGUGUGGCCCCAAUUCUUCAUCUCAUCCUGAACAUCUUGCUGCCAGGUGCUCUUUGGGUGUUUUUUUUUUUUCAUUUGCACUAGAGACUCCAGCAGUCAUGUAGCAAGUCAGAACAUUUAACCUAGUUUUAUGGUGUAAAGUCUCCAAAAAUGCAUAUCAGCCCCACUGCAUACUCUUAAGUCAAGUGGUAUAGUCAGUGGUUUAGUAAGUUGUGAUGCUGCCCAAUCUUUUUUUCUGCCAACCCCUUUUGAUUUGAGGUUGCCAAACAGUAACUCUGAAAAAGUUGAGCUUGGAAUGCAGCUUAUUGAAGAUAACCCUUUUCACCCUAAAAUCAUUUUCCAUGUUCUCCCUUCUGUUCUCUUUACAUUUCCUGUGGUACUGGAAAGGAGAAUUCAUUGUACAAUCAAGAUCCUCUUUUGUUGGUGAUUGUUUCCUUUAUUCUCAUAACCUUAAUUGGUUGAUUCAGGGGUGAUAUCGUAAAGAGAAAUUAAGUGCUGGUCACUCAGGGGUUUAAGGGUUACAGUUGUUAAUGUAGACCUGCUUUCUACAGACUGACCAAGACAAGGAGAAUUUCCAAAAACUGAUUAACUCUAUGAGAGAAAGUAAAUCUGUAAGUAUGAGACUUGUGAGCUUAAGGUUAUUUACUUAAUUUAACCACAAUGAGACUAGUAUAAUGUUGAAAUGAUUUAUAGUGCAUUUGCUAAUAAAGAAAUACAUUUGUGUUUCUAUCCCCUUUGAGAGUGCAUGUCUUUGAUUUUAAUUCUUGAUGAAGCAAGCUGGUAAUGCAAAUGUAUUUGUAAUCUUUACUUGACUUUAUGCUCUCUUUUACAGGGAAAGACUGUGGGUGUUUUUCAGAAAGAUAAUUUUCAGGGACAAUUUGUUGAUGAGUGGAAAAAUGCAUUUGAAAAGGAGUCCUUUGAAAAGGUCUGAAGAAUUUACAACCUUCAAAUUUAUUAACUACUGAGAGUUUUUAUCAUUGGUAACAUUUGUACCAACACAAUUUAUUAAUAUGCUUUAAACUUUAGUUAAAAGUUGACAGUUUGUUAUAUGCUAGUGACAGUAAUGCAUGGAUUGUUUUUCCUUUUCAUAUUUUGUGUGACCAUUUUACAAGCUGAUCACCAUUCUAGUUUUUGUUAUCUUUCUUUGUUGUUAAAUACAACAGUUUGUACAUAUUUGUGUGUUGAUCGUGUGAGUAGUCGUGGCUGAGUGCUGAUGUGAUGUUUUGCAGGUUGACAUUAGCAGUGCAGUGGCGUAUGUGAUGUCAGUCAGAGAGGACCAAGAGCUCACUCAUGUCAAGGUAUAAGCAGGGAUUUAUCUUGUAACCCUAAUGUCACUGAACUAGGGCUUUCUUUAACCAGAGGUGAUCAAAGAAGAAUUCUGUUUCAAUGAAUUUUAAUGGUGGCGAGAAGAACCAAAAACAUCUGCAAUGAGAUAUUGUUUGAUUUGAUACUAAUUCUUGGUGUUAUUAGGCACAAUAUCGUGGAAGAUUUAUUUUAAGAUCUCAGAUGUAAAAGGGUAGAUUUGCAAGUGAUAGUUGUAAAUGAAAUUGAGGCAGUGCUGCAUUUCGCAUUCUUCAAACUUUCUUUAUUACUGUCUUCUCAACUGCCUCUUUUUUUUUUUAAGCUGUAAUGGCUAACAAAAGCCUGCAAAGUAAACCAAAAGAAAAUUGUUAUUUCUCCUCUCAAUAUCAUCUCUGAAUCAACCUUUAACCUUUAACACCCAAGAUCUGACUGUUAAUUCUACCAUCUAGCUGCUACACAUUUCCUUGAAAUUACAGUAGUUAUGAGAAUAUGCUGUUAGAUUAAAAUAAUAACUUCCACAUGAUAAGUUUGAGUAUUCUCGUUACCUGUUUGCUGGAUAAUGUAUGGAUAUUAUAAGAAGAAGUUACAUGUUAAUCACUUCUGGGAGUUAAGGGGUCAAGGUAAAGAGAAUAUAGGAAAUGAUCUUCAUCUUGAGAAUCUUUUGAUUGUAAAACAAAUUUUCCUUAUUAUAGGAAAUGUUAAGAGCCCAGUAUAGAGAAUGUUCAUACGUGUGGAAAUGGUUAACAACCAGUUUCCUGUUCAGUCAUUUGUGUUUUACAGUAGAGGCAGUAGUGCCAUCUAAGACAUUUUUUUUUCCUUCUGUAGAAAGCUGCACAAGUUUCCUCAGAUAUUUUUGUCAAAUACUUCAAGAAACAAGUCAUGGAAAUUGUAGAUGAUGAAAAGGUGGAACUAUGAGCAAAGUCAAUUUUUUUAAAAUCUACAGUAGUUGGGUUGUAAUUUUUUUUAACAACUCCAAAUCAGGAAAGUAUUGUUGAGUGGCAGAAACUAAUGACUUUUUAGAAUGUGGUCAAUUAUUUAUGAGAUUAUCACAUGCAAAGUUGGUUCAUGUGAUCAGACAUUAAAAUGACAUGCACAUAUUGGGUUAGCUGUUUGAAAACUUUCCCAGAGUCAUCCAUUUUUGUUUCAAUAUCACAACUUUAUGCCUUGAUCAAUGUUAAAAUUUCCCGCCUUUGGGGCAAAAAUUGUGUUCAAAUUCCUACCCAAUUUUUCUUUUGCAAAGGCCAAAUCUGCGACUGUUACUUAAGCAUUAAAACCUAAACCUUGUACACCUUAUUUUCUAGUCGUUUGAAUGCAAAAGUGAAUUAUGUAUGUUUAAGCACCUCUUUAUUGAAAGAGAAAACACUUGUAUCUCACUGGAAUGGCUGGAAAGACUUGGCAUCUCUGGUUCAAAUACCCCACCUGCACGAGGCAAGUUUCAAAUUGCCUAUCAGGUGUGAUAUCUUGGAGUUCCAUGUUAUGAUUUUCAAAAAAAAAAUAUUAAUUUUUCAUGUUAUUAUCUAUUCUGCAGAGGGUGAAACAUUCAAAAAUUGCAGAUGGAAUAGAAGGAGCUUUGGAAUCAAAAAAAUUUUUGCAACCUGGAAUGGAUUCUGAACAAGUGAGGAUCACUUUCUAUUUUCAUUGUGAUUGAUCCAGUUAAAUGAUAUCAGCUGCAGAGUUGUUCCUCCAGAGUUCUUGAUUAAAUGCAAUCAACAAAAUUUAUUGUUCCAUCAAGCAGAAGCAUUAGUGAAAAUAUAUGCUUUUUCGUGAAAGUCACAGUGGUAUUGGUUGAGCUGUGGAAGUCUGGAUCAAAUUCCAAGGUUCAUAUUCUAGCCAGGGUCAUUGUUCUGUGUUCUUUGGCAAGAUUCUCUACUCUCAUGCUGUUAAUCUCCACCCAGGAGUAUAAAAGAGUGUAAGAAAACUGUCAGGAAACUGGACAAAGUGCAAAAGAGACAAGAAAAAGAGACAAGAUAUGACAGAAUAGCAUUCCAUCCAGGGAAAGAAGCAAUGCUCUUGGUCCCCUCUGGAAACUGGAAAAUGUUUCGUGUACAUCUAUUAAUUUCUGUUCAUUCCUCUUUAAAGGUUGAGAUGUGUUACUCUCCCAUUAUUCAGAGUGGGGGAAAAUUCACACUUAAGUUCAGUACAGUAAGGUAAGAAUAUCUUGAAGGAAGUUGAUAACCCAGACUGUGAUUGUCAGCCUCAUCUAUAUGUACAAAUGAAGCAGAGCGAAUUGGCUGAAAUAACAAGGCACUUUCACCUCAAACAUUUCAUCACAUUGAUGUACCCAAUGCAUUAACUUAGCUUAAACCUGACCUAAAUUACAACUGCAGUGGCAUCAUUAAAUAUUGACUAAUGACUCAAUUUGACAAUCUUGUUUAAACAUUUUGUAGUAAUGAUGAAAAGCUUCACUAUGGUACAAUAAUCUGCUCCCUUGGUGUUCGAUACAAGUUCUACUGUUCCAAUAUUGUUCGUACAAUGUUAUAUGAGCCAUCGCAGGUGAGAUUUUUUCCCCUACAGUUAAGUUAGAGCUGAUUUUUAAUCUUCAAUCUGGGAUUUUCUUGUAAAUUUUCCCGGAAACUUGAAGAAAGGCUGUGGGUAUCUGCAAUGGACUUGCUACACCAAUGUAAAUGAAGUGGUAAUUGCUCCAAGUUGAGUCACUUUACAGAAACAAAAAUUUAUUCCAUCUCAAUGCUUAAAUGCCAAGUGUUUUUACAGUGAGGCCUUUGUACUCAUGAAAUACUGUGUUGUUGUCUAGGAGCAACAAGAAAACUAUGAUCUGCUUCUGACAACUGUGGAUGUUAUUCUGGACAAGUUGAGACAUGGUAUGUUGAAUUAUUUAGUAUUAAUUAUUAAUAAAAAAUUGCUGAUUAUAGCCAAAUUUCAAAUUGCAAAUUUUCAUGGACAAUGUAAUGUUUACUCUUAGGAGUGAAACUUUGUGAUGUUUACAAUGCUGCCCUUGAACAUGUUACAGAAAAGAAACCUGAUUUUCAGGCAAAUUUUGUGAAAAAUGUUGGGUAAGUGAUUGAGUAAAUAAAUGGCAUUUUACAUUUACAUGUAGUUUAUUUUCAGUAUACAUUAGCUAACAUUGCAGGGCGUGAAAUUGCGCCUAAUGCGCCAAUGCGACUAAAUUUUUCACUUUGGUGACCAAAUCCUGAAAGUUAGUCGCCAAAUUGGUGACUAAAACGUUUCAUCAUAACCUUACCAGGAGAUAUAGUGAAUUAAAAAGAUUUGCAAAGAUAAAUCUGCAGCAAACUUCUUCGUUAAGUUUGUUUCCAAAACGUAGCACAUGCAUCUUGAUUGAUAACUAGACGCCAUCUUGGAUUUAGAUGAGCCUGAACGUUGUAUAUCAUCCAUCCUAGUGUCCACUUUGUAGCACGUUAAAGAUCUUUUCCCUAACUUAAUUUUGGAGGGUCUAUCUAGAAUGCUGACAGCGUAAAGAAAGAUUUUGUUUGUCUUUGAAAAUGGCGACCAACUUUUUUUGAAUUGGUUACCACUUUGAAGAAUUUAGGAGCCAAGUGGCUAUCAGAAAAAAAAGUUAAUUUCACGCCCUGCAUUGGGACUUUUAUUAGUUCCCAUCCAGGGUAUUGUUUUACCAGCAAACAGGUAACGAGAAUACUUGAUUCAUCAGAGUCAUCUUGAUCCAAUACCAAAUUCUUGUAACUAGUUUACAAGGAAAUAUAUAGCAGCUAGAGAAGAGAAUUAACUUUCAGAUCUUGGGAGUUAAAGGGUUAAAAGUGUGAAAGAACCUAAUUGUUGUUAGAUUAUGCUUUUUGUUUUGUUUUGUUUUUUAACCAGAUUUAAUUUAUCAUCUGUUUAUAAGUAACAAAUAUUUGUUCAAAGCUUGUAAUCUGUAGUUUUCUCGGACUGUUUUCAGGUUUGGGAUGGGAAUUGAAUUUAGGGAAGGUUCUUUACUCAUAACUUCUAAAAACAAUCAUGUGGCAAAGAAAGGUAAAUUUAUUUUUCCUUUUAUUUAGUAUCAUAAUCCAAGCAAAAGGAAAGUAAGAAUGAAACUGCAUUGGUUGAGAUAUAGAAACCUACAAAAAUAGUUAUCAUCAGUGUUACUGAGUGUACAUGUACAUCUGUACAUAAAGUGUUACCAAGGUAACUGGCUCCCUCUAUAUUUGUUGUAAAACACAAAGUAAGGAUAACAUGGUGUACACAAAAAUGUAUUAUAUAUGAUCAACCUGGAAUUUACAAAUUGAUUUGGAUAAUUGUCUUGCUUUAGGGAUGGUUUUCAAUAUAAAUGCAGGUUUCUCAGGCCUGGUUAAUGAUAAUGCAGAGGACAGUGAGGGUAAAAACUAUGCCCUUUUUAUUGGAGAUACUGUGUUAGUUAAUGAGGUAUGUGUGUACAGAACUCAAUUUUUGGCCAGGAGUGGUUAGAUACAUGUAUAUGUAAAACAGAAAAACCAAUAAAACAAGCAGUGGUUGUGAGUCAUUUGUAUCCUCCUAAUCUCAUAUGCAAGGUUUGUGCAUCCUCCUCAGUAAUAAAAGUGCUCCAAGCCGUGGCAAGUGGACACAAUUUGGCAACUUUAAUUGAUACGGAAGCCCUCAUUUUGAUCGCAUAUCCAUUUACUUGGCAGUCAUGUGCCAUACCACAUGUUUUCUAUUAUUUAUUAUUAUCAUUAGCAGUAGUAUUAUCAUCAUUAGUAAGUGCAUAAUUACGGUGUGUUUAUACCUGUGAGGUGUUACAGUGUCCAUAAGCUAUUUGACUUUUUCAAAGGCAUGCAGUUUGUUUAUAACCUGUUUGUUAUAUUCCCCACAUUUCCUGUACUUUUUUGUGUCUGUUAACAUUUUACAUUGGGUAUCUCUUUUUUUCUUGUGUCUGGGACUAAUAUUGCAUUUGUCUCCAUUUAUUAUUUAUCUUUUGGUGAUAAGUUUGUUUGUUUGCUUCAGGACUCUCCAGCCUCUAUAUUAACAUCAGCCAAGAAAAAGAUCUCUAAUAUUGGCAUCUUUCUCAAGGUUGGUUGAUCUUUACUUUCUUUCUUAUUGAAAACUUACAAUGUAACCCUCUUAUUCCCAAGAUUUUAAAAGUGAUUUUCCUUACUGUCAGCCUAACAUUUAUUAGGUUUACAUUGGUUUUUAAUCAAAUGAUAUUUCCUCAUUGAUAUUUUUCUUACUCUUGCCAUCUGUCUGUUUGUCAGUGUAUUUAUAUUGUAUGGAGAAUUUACUUCUUGGUCACUCCUGGGAUUGUAAGGUGUUAGACAGGUAUUUGUGGUGGGAUUAUGUAUAACUUGCCUUAAUUUUCUCUUUUCCCACAGGAUGAGGAAGAUGAAGGACAAGAUCAGCAAGAAAAUGGAGAGGUACAUGUACUGCAAUUUUUGUAGCUCAUGCAUUGAUAUAUCAUACUAUCAUUUCCUCUGGAAUGGAUAGGAUUUUUGGCAUUAUUCUGCCCCUCAACAUGGGAACUAUGAAGUUGGCUAUGGUUCUGGGUAUGCUGUGGUUAAUCAUAUUGCAGAACUCUUUAGAAACAACUGUGAGGUUUCAAAGAUUCAGAAUGUCAUAUCCUCAGUUGCAAAUGGCAGCUUUCUCUCCAGUUAUUUUCUUUUGCCUUGUAGUUGUUCAUUGCAGUAUGAAAUUAAAUUGCAAAACCUUCAAUGACUUGACUAUAUGUUCCUUCUACUUAUUUGCAGGCUGAAGAGGAUCUUCUUUUGGGUCGAGAGGGGAAAGGAGCAUUACUUGAAAGCAGAACAAGAGUGAGUUGAUGAUUGUAUUUUAUCCCUAGAGGGAAAAUGAAGACUCUUAUUAAGCUGUAACUGUAUUUCAGUCAUUUAUUUUUGCACAUGAUUGAUUUAAACAGUUCAGUUGACUGUACUGUUUCAACCAAAUACAACAACAACAACCAUCAAAGAUACUGGUACUUCAUGUGUUGAAAGAGUGCCAUCCUUUUUAUGGCCUGAAAUGUAAAUGUAAACUUAUUUUUCUCUUUAAGGCAGUUUCAACUUUUGAUUGUUUGAAACGGUUUCAUUGGUUGUUUAGUAUAAUUUUAACUAGUUUGAAAAUUCUCCACACUAAAUCCACUUUGUAUCACUAAAUAUUUUAAACAUACAGCCGUAAAUUAAUUUAAAAUUUUUAUUAUUUCCACGUCAAUUAAGAAAUUGUGUGAUGAAUGUUCUAAUGUCAUGUUUUUUCUGCAGUAUUCUGAGCUGAGAACUUCAGGGACCACUGUAAGCUUUUUACAGUGUACUUAAGAUAAUAUUAUAAUAUUAUAACUAAUAAAUGGUCAAAAAUGGGAAUUAAUUUUUAAAAGUGUACAAUUAAAGCCAUAGUGGCUGGGGGGAUGGGUGCUUAUUCUGGGAAGGACACUUAUCAGAGCGUGGAUGCUUGUUAAGUUAAAUGCUUGUUAAAAUCGUAAAUUGUUAUAACACUCACUUAGACACGUUUUCUUUAUCUUUAACUUGUAAUGAGGUGUUUCCAGUAUAAGAGUAUCUAACAAACUUUAACAUAAUAUGUGAUUUUCAAAGAAUCAGGCAAAUUUUUGGAACUUCAUAGUUCUAGGGUGAUGUUGAUUGCUCAUCCCUUAAGACCUUCUUUCAUUCAAUAAUUAAAAUGGUUCAAUUACUGCCCUUUUCAUACCUUAUGAAUUGCUUUAUGUAAUUUAUUUUUGAGGUGAUUAAUUUUUUUUUUGCAAGGUUACCAAAAAAUUAAUUGGAAGAAUUACAGAGUGACAUUCACCAAGUAAAAGCAAGCUCUGCUUGCAUGCUGACAAGUGUUCUGAUCAUUCAAAGCUUACAUGUCACAAAAGCAAUUCAUGUAUGCACCCACUUAACAAUCCUAAUAUUAUAAAUGAGUCUGAAUAGAAUUUCAUUGUCUAACUUAAAGCAAUAAAUGUUGAAUACUUUAAUCAGGAUACAUGUUAGGUCAAAAGUUUUUUAAAAUUUCAUACUUUUGUAAAUUAACUCUACAAAAACUUAUCAUAACUUAAUUUAAGAACACAAGUGAAAUAAUAUGUGUAUCAAAAUAAUCAUUCAGAUCUUCUGCAUUGACAUUUCUUUAACUUUUGAUUUCGUCAAUAACUUUUUUGGUUUAAAUUCUCAUAAAGGCAUUUAAAGUCACUUGUUUUAUGGCCAUACUGUACAAUUAGACAUUCACUGUACAGCUUUACUCUACUUGAUCUGUUAAAUCUAUUUGACUGCUAGUAUGUGUAUUAAUAAAGCAAACUCUUGUUUGCUAAAUUAUAGUCGUUUCCUGGUUUCAAAAUAAAUGGCUAAAAAUAAAUGAGAAGUAAGAAAUAGAGGCUUUACUCUCUUGAGCUUCUGCCUUUCACUCACUGGAAUCUUUAAUCAUCACAAAGUUUUGUUAGUUUUGAAAGUGAUGUUAGUUUCUUUAAGUGUUACGUAUUAGUGAUCAUUUUUACCGCUUGAUUUAGACUGAAAUGACAGCAGAGGAAAGACGAAAAAAACAUCAACUUGAAUUAAAGGAGCAGUUGCACGAAGAAGCAAAGGUAGGGCUGUUGAUGAUACUUAUUGAUAAUUACUGUUACAGCAAAACCAAAUGAACAAUCAUAACAAAGGUUUACUUGAUCAUUAGCCAAUGAGAACUCAAAGAGAAAACAAGCAGACUACUUGAGGCGCGGGAAAAUGCGAAUGACCAAGUCACAAAUGCUUUAGUUCUGCAUGUGGUUGGUCAAGAGGAUAUUGUGAGUUUUCUUGACCAAUCACAGAACAAAGUUAAACAAACUUUCCCGGGUUACUUUUUCGACACUCAAUUAACUCUUUACACCCUAAAAUCAGUCUAUAUAUUCUCCAUACUGCUCUUGAUAAAUUUCUUAAGGUGCUGGUAAGGAGAAUUCGUUUACCAAUCAAAAGCUUCUUUCGUGGAUGAUCAUUUCCUUUAUUCUCGUGACGUUAUUGUAUGAUUCAGGGGUGUUAUUGAAGGGGGUAGUUUGAUACUGUUUUCUGAGAUAGGCAUUUUUUGCUCACGCUCGGGAAUAGACGAGUAUCAACCUUCUUGAAUCCAGUAGCCAGCUCAGAACUUGCCGUCUUAGCCGUCUUGAACCUGAUGGAACCUCGCCCAUCUUUAAUGAUGAGGAUGAAAUGUUUUCCUUUGUUUCCUGAAAUAAAUGAGUUUGCUGGUUAGGAGAGGGAACACAUCUUUUCUUUUAAAACGAGUAGAAUAUGUGCUACAAGCAGCACAUAGCAACUCGACGAUAAAAUUACAAGGCUGAUGGUUUUAUAAUUCUCGCAGAGACGUCUUCUCGAGUCCAAAGGGGAUACAGAUACGAUUACUAAGUAAGUGCUUUUGAAUUCCAGAACAUUUUGGUAAAAGCCAGCGAUUCUUGUGUUACAAGCUUGUGUCAUACUUGUGUUAUCUUUGUCAAUGACAACUUGUUGUGUUUCUAACCUUGUUGUCUUUUAUCAUGAGGCAGUGCAGAUGAGGGGUUACUUCUGUUUUGUUUUGUCUUAACAUUCAAUUAUUUUCAGGUUGAAACCAUCCAAUGUAGCCUACAAACAUCCUACAAUUGUUCCGAGAGAUAAUGAUGUCAGAGAACACAAGAUUUUUGUUGGUUAGCAAGUUCUUGUAUAUAUGUACAUGUGGCUCUUUCCUUAUCAAUAUCAAGAAACCAUUGUUGUUGCAAUUUCUCUGAAAAGUUCACCGCGAAUUUUCGGAAGGGGCAAAUUUUCUCUCGAAAUUACGAGACUCACUAACGUUCCCAGUAAAUUAAUCUGCGAAUGUUCAGAAGGAUCUGAACAGUAUAGUCGCGCCGAAAAUUCGCGGAAGUUUCGCGGAAAUUUCUUUUCAGGCGAUAUUUCGUCGGAAAUCUGGUGAAAAGCAUCGUAAUUUGUUUGCAUAACCUUUACACAAUAAUGAACAUUUGAUUGCUCUUGAUUUUGUCGAAUAAUUUAUCGUUUUUUUGAAUUUCCAAGGUUUUGAAGUAGUUUUUAGUUCAUUUCCGUUCGGAAGAAAACCGUAAUUCUAAUUCGUUCCGUUUUAUGGCAUGAAUCGGCUAGUGUUAUCGAGGGGGGAGGGGGGGAGGGAGGGAGAGUGGGCCAGAGGGUCAGCUUACCCCACCUCCCUCACUGCCAUUUAAAAAAGGCACUGCUUGUGUAGCUGUACGCGUAGUUCUUUCUAUUUUUAAAUUCGGCUCUGUUUUUUUCUCUCUUCAGACAAGAAAUACGAGGCAGUUGUUUUACCGCUAUUUGGGGUAGCUACACCGUUUCACAUAUCUACCAUCAAGGUAGGUAUAAAUUCGCUUACCCACUGCGCGUUCGCGUGUUGCCGCCAGAGUCAAACCAUUUUAGUUGAGAAGCAAGGGGAAGAUGGAGAGAUGAUAGGUUUUCGUUUCUCUUUGCUAUUUUAAAUUCUUUCUUCACUUCUCUAUGGUAUCCUAACUUCCUAAUCUUUUGGCUAUUUUGUUACAACCGUGGCACAGUUUUGUGCAGUGCUUCUGAUACUGCACUUAUGUUGUGGUGAGAUUUUGUUCAGUCGACCUCAAAUAGCGUCCAUUCUUGUAAUCAAUUACAUUUUACGACUCAUUAGAAAUGACAUCUUAACAAUGAACAAUAAAGGAUUUGUAGGUUUUAAAACAUCAUUUUGAACCUCUGAAGCGUUUCAACUGAUUGGCAUGUAGGGAUCGUGAGAGCUCUGUACCAAAUCAUUUUCCAGGCAAAGUUACCGAAUCACGUCCCAGGUAAACUUUGGUCAGACUGUAAUUUUUGUUCAUAUUAUUUUUGUAUUUUUAGAACAUCAGUUCCAGCGAUGAGGGCGGUUAUACCUACCUUCGAAUUAAUCUGUUUUGUCCUGGAAGGUAAUGAGCCAAGGUUUUAGGAAAUUUUAUCAGGUGUCUAUCAACGAAAAUCAAAGUGAAUACAAUGGCCAAUCAGAGUCGUGGAUAGUAUCACAAUGAGCCAAUGACACCACGAAGGCAAUACCUGUUGAUUGACGCAAGUGCGAUAAAAGCCGAAGAAGUUGGUUUCAAUCUUUGCGUCUGAUUGGUUUAGAGGGUGACGCGGGUUGUUUGCUGAACCAAUCACGGUGCAGCCUGCCUUGGAGUCGUUAUUUGGUCUCGUCAACAGACUGAGCGCAAAACAAAGUUAAGCAAAAUCAAAGCCAUCCUGCAUUACUUUCGAGACUCGAUUGUAAAUUCCUCUAAUUUUAUCCUCUUUUUUGGCUGGAUUAAAGCUCUUUCCAUGAGUUUGACUAUGACGAGAUUGUAUUCUUUUUUUUUUUUUUAGUGCUGUCGGUCGUUCUGAAGGAAGUCUGUUUGCUCAACCCGAGGCUACAUUUGUUAAAGAAGUGUAAGUUUUGUGCUUUAAAAUUGUAGUGAAAAUUAAUCGUUGAUAAUGGUGCACAUCUGAGUGUCUUAACUUUCGUGAAAACUAGUUGUUGAAGUUAUUUUCGUAUUGGUGACUAAUUAUUAAACCAGAGUAGUAUUUGUUUGUGUUUUGUGGUGGUGGCUACAGAUGACAGGAGUACCUCCCCAGUGCGUGGUAGCUUUUUAUGUGCGUAAAUUACACUCUUUCCACGCUGGUGACACCUUUUUUACCUUUUCUUUAUCUCCUUUUUGCACACUUUCGAUAUUGCUUUUCAUGGCGUUUUGACGGACACUUUUCGGAUGAAAAUUCGAGUCAUGGCUUACACGUAGCUCUUCAACGAAUUCUUUGCACCUCACUUAGAGGUGCAUUUGACCGUGAAAUCGAAACUUAGUGAUUUUCUAUUUAUAAAUCAGAUUAUCCAACACACAGGACAGAUGUUUCUUACAUCCUUCGUCACAUCCCGAAGUGCGCUCGUAGCAAACAUUUGACCCUGCGAAGUGCAUGGUCCACUACACAGUUGAUUCACGUCUAAAAUUGGGGACACUGUGCACAAAUCUUUUGAAGAUUCUAACCAUGGUGUAGUCAAUGGUUUUUAUGAGGUUUUUUUCUCCUUAACACAGAAAUUACCGAAGCUCGAACAGCAGACCUCAUGGCGCAUCUCAGCCACCGGCGUCCAAUCUGAACACAGCGUUUCGUCUGAUAAAAGAAGUGCAGAAAAAAUUCAAAACACGGGAGGCUGAAGAAAAAGAGAGACAGGUGUGUGCGCUGCUCUUUGUAACCUUACAUUAUUACUAGGUAUCGCUCCUGUUGUUAGAUGUGAGAUGUUAAAUUUACUUUAGAGAAAGUUCCCCAGGAGGUUAUUUUCUGUAGUUUGCCUUUGUUUCCCUCGUUGGUUGUUAGAGGACGUGGACCAGUGGUCAGCGAGCGGUAUUCUGGAUCGAGAGGUCCUGGUAUGAGCUCUGGCCAAGGUCUUUGUUGUCUGUUUUUGGGUAAGAAUCUUCUCUAUCCGAGCCUCUCUCCAACAGUGAGUAUAAAUGGACGCUGGCACGGUGGAACGCGUAGCCUUUGAAAGACUAAUAUCUCCCAAUAUCUAUCCUAAUAUCUAGGAGAAGUUGAAAGACUCUAAGAAGCUCCAUGUAAUAGAAACUAGGAGAUGCUUCGGCGGCUGUGCGAGUCCGUCUCCCAUGCUGACUUUGCCUUACCUCGUUGUGAGGCAGCAUUGUUGCUGAUGAUAUAUUUGUCAAUGUGUUACAUGAGCGUUUGUUGUCAUUAUUUUCUCAACAGGGCGUGGUCCAGCAGGGAAACCUUAUACUAAACCCUAACAAAGGCAAUCCAAAAUUGAAAGAUUUGUACAUAAGACCAAGUAUAACUCAAAGAAGAUCACCGGUACGUCCAUAAUGGUUGCUACCUCUUGUCUCUUGGCUAACUUUUGAUAUUUUUAUCGCUUUCGUUUUCCUUUAAAAAAUUGAUGUGUCAUGUUCUCGGAACUUUUGCUUAAACCUUGCGCCAUUAUUACUUGGUUUUUACCAUCAAAUAUCAAACGACUGUUUACAGGAAACGCUACCACAUAAUUUAUAAAUUCCGUUAUUUUGGUGACAUCAAAUAAACCCAGGUUGAUUUUAUCAUGCUUUCAUUUAUGAAGUAAUAUAUUAUCAUUUAAGGUUAAUAUUACUUGAAUGUUGUAUUUUUUAUCCAUCCCGUAUCACUUUUUGUUGUAAAGUAAUGCAAUGUAUACAUUUAUAAUACCGUAACAAUUUGUAGUCAUGCAGAUGGAGAUAAUUUUUAUUUUCGUUUUUGUCGUCUGUUAGCUCUUUUGUUUACACUUCUGUUUUGUCGUUUUUAUGUUCUCAGGGCACUUUAGAAGCGCAUACGAACGGUGAGUACGCAGACUAUUCAUUUAUAUCUGUACUUGUUGUGUGUGGUGAUCUUAACCCGAUGUUCGAAUCUUAAUUUAAAGGUUUUAGGUUUGGAAUGUAUCGCGGAGAACACGUCGACAUUUUGUAUGGAAAUGUAAAACAUGCGUUUUUCCAGGUAAAAUUAUCGCUUUAUUUUCUUGCCCAAAUAAAGUUUUGAUUGUCAUUCGGAGGCGUUAAGUUCUUCUCAUGAAACUAUUUGUAGCCAAAUCGUAUAGCGUGUAAUUGGAAUCUGAACAAUCGACGGACUGCAGUACGUAGAAUUUAAUCUGAUACAAGUUUGCGUGGAGAACAAUGAUUAAUGGGUGCAUAGCUGAAAAUAAUUUUAUUCGAGCUUUAGGGAUUGCUUUAUGGGUGAGGUCAAUUCAUAGUCCGUGUGAACGUUGCAUUAUACUAUCGUCAACCUCCGAGGUACAGUCUGAAAAAGGUUUAGAGGUUAUGAAACUAUAACAUUAGGAAUAGUCAUAGCCUGCUGUGUAGGCGUCUUAUUUAGGGCGAGUUAACGUUAUACGAUAGUUAAUUCGACCUGCCAUGUUGGAGUUAGAGCUAGAGUGACCGUCGUCCACCCCUGGGUACAAAUUUUUUUCUCUUCCCAGCCUUCCGCUGCUGUAGAAAUCAAAGAUGGAGUUUCACCAAGAAAAUGUUGACUACUCGCUCGCCAAAAUUACGCUUACUCUACUGGCUAGAACAGGCACAAUUGACCCAGGUUGUUUUAACUAGUUAAUCAUUACUAUUACAUCUAAAUUUUUUAACUUGCUUUGCAGCCCUGCGAUGGAGAAAUGAUCAUUCUACUUCAUUUUCACUUAAAGGUUUGUCGCUUUGUUGUUUAACAAGACUUACGGGUUUAAGAAGUUGCUGAGCCCAAACUUUUCUUUGUCUAUUGAAAGGCAACCUAUAUGUUAGUCUGUUUUAUUAGUUUAUUUAUUUAUUUAUUUAUUUGUUAGUUUGUUUGUUUGUUGGUUUCUUUUGAGUUUGUUUGGCUGUGGAAUCGUGUCUGGCCCAUUCUCUUACUGAUUUAUUAUGAAAUGUUCCCGUUUUAAUACUGAACAGAUAACUACUGUUCGGUGUCGAUACAGCCAAUGUUAAAAUUCAUACUUACCCUGUCUUCGGAUAUGGAAAUUCUGACGAUGACUCUUUUCUUCUUCAGCAUCCUAUAAUCAUUGGCAAAAAGAAAUACAGAGACAUACAGUUCUACACUGAAGUAAGUGCAAGUAAAAUUUCUUACACGAUAGUAGGACAGAAUUUCUCUUAACAAUAUCAAUACAAUAUCAAGGAGAUAAAUAACGACAACAAAGAAAAAUAUGAAUUAGGGGAUUAUAUCCCAAUACCCAGUACUAAAUUCUCCCAACUGAUGUCAGAAGAAUUGUAUGACAGACAGUAGGGAAAAUUGCUAAUGAGAUCUGGUAAGUAAAAGGGUCAGCUCCUAUAGUACCUUUUUUCACCCAAGCCUGUGAUUGGGUUUUGGUAAAAUGUCACGGAAACCAGAAAGUACUCAAGGAAGGAGGGAUGGGGGGUGGGAAAUUUUUGAUUAAGGAGCUCCAAUAGAAGCCAUUCACAGUACCUUUGCCCGUCUGGGACUAUAAAUGGGUUUCAACAAACUAUCAGGGGAAUUCUGAAAUGGGGAGGGCCGGAAGGGGAAACAUGAGUUGGAGUGCUAUCCCACCCAGGAGGAGGAGUAGUUAUUCUAUUUAUUGCUUCACGCUGCGGAAACCGAUAACUUCCCGAUGAAGCAAUUUUCAAUUGAGUGACGAAAGUAUCCAGGAUUGCCUUGGGUUUGCUUAACUUUGCUCUGUGACUGGUCUAGAAAACUCGAGCUGCCUUCUGAACCAAUCAGAUUUAUAGGUUAAACCAUUGACGACUUGGUCUCCCUUUUUCCGCACUUCAAUCAGUUUUUUUUCUUUGUUUGUUCUCUGUGUUCUCUUUGGCCUUUUGUGAUGUUCUUCGUUACUCUGAUUGGCCACAGUGAUUACUUUGGUUUUGAUCAAAUGACAAGUUGAAAAGCGCUCUACCAUGCUGUGGCUGGCGUCAAGGUCCUCAGUAAUCUGUUUUUCUGGUUUUUAAUUUGUCUAAUCAUAUAGCACAUGAUUUAAACUGCUGCCUAAUUUUCACAGGUCGGUGAAAUCACAACAGACUUAGGAAAACACCAACACAUGCAUGACAGGGACGAUCUUCAAGCAGAGCAGGUAAUGUUGUCGUAACUGUUGUCUUAAAUAGAAUGAAACAAAUUCAACCUCAACGAGCUUAGCGAACUUUUCCUUUCAUGAGCUUGUCUCUCAAUAAGGUUUAUAUUUAGGGGUUUUUAUGGACUUUCUUAAAACGCUAGAAAUUUUCGAAGUACAUUGGGUAGUUAAGUCUUUUGUGUUAAAUCUGUUCUGCAUUCACAGGCCGAAAGAGAGUUAAGGCAAAGGUUAAAAUCAGUGUUCAAGAAUUUUAUUGACAAAGUAGAAGGAAUAACUCACGGGCAAGUGGAGUUUGAUGUUCCAUUCAGAGACCUCGGGUAAGUGGAAUGGACAAAGCACAAUUGAAUUCAACGCCAAGAGUCACUUUUGACACUUUACCAGACAUAAAGAGACAUUCGUAUCAGCUUUUUUGUCCCGUUGUAUCGCGUUAUCUGUUCUUGUUUUUGUUUUUUUUUUUUUUGUCGUAUUUUCCCUUUUUGGGGUAACUAUUAUUUUAUUCUCCAAUUUUUUUCCGUGGGUAUGACCCAGACUUUUACAUUAAAAUUUGUUUAAACUACUUCGGUGACGUUUGUUUGUUUUGUCUUUCAGGUUUAUGGGUGUACCAUCUCGGAGCACAGUAUUACUUCAACCCACAACGCAUUGUUUAGUUAACAUUACCGAGCAGGUACUUUCAAGCAAACUUUAAGUCCUCUGCCUUCCGUCAGCUGUUGAUAAGAGCAGUGAUUUGGACUGUUUUCGGUCGACCGCUCUAUCUUUUGCUUUUCUAAGUCCAUAGAAUAGUCACAAUGUAAUUCUUAAUCCUGAUGUGUGUUUUUUGCUGACCUAAAGACUCGUCGUAUCAUAUCUUCUUCUUUAGCCAACGUUCAUUAUCACUUUGGAUGAAGUAGAACUUGUUCACUUCGAGCGAGUACAGGUAAAUCCGUUUAACCAGAUAUAUUGAUUAGGGGUCGCCAACGUCUGUCAGAACUGCCCUUUGCUGUCUUCGUAGCAUUCAGAGACUUGGUUCUCACCGAAUUGGCCCACUCAUUUGAAAGCCCCGAUCAGUUUUCUCCGCUCGCACACGAAAUGUACGCAAAAUAAUUGGAGAUUUUAGCCGGGUAUGCAAAAAAGUGCUUUUAUUCAAAAAUCAUACUUCUGCUCUCCAGUCUGCUUGUCGAAAGUGAAGUUGACAAUGACGGGAGAUUUAAAUUUUUUAGUUUACUUUUCCGCUUGUUGAUCAUUAUUUUUUUUCCUUUCUAUAGUUUCAUCUGAAGAAUUUUGACAUGGUAUUUGUGUUCAAAGACUACAAACGUAAAGUGGAACACGUAAAUGCUAUACCAAUGACGUCACUGGAUUCUGUCAAAGACUGGCUGAAGUACGUCACCGUAGUUUUCUUUAAUUAACCCUUUACGGUAAAAUCAGUAUGCAUAUUCUCUGUAUUGUUCUGUAUUGUUCUGUAUACAUUUCUUAAGCACCUUACAAGGAAAAUUUGUUCAACAAUCAAGAGCUUCUUUACUUUGUGACCAUUCUUUUUAUUCUCGUGACCUUAAUGUGUGAUUCAGGGGUGAUAUUGUGAGGAGAAAUUAGAUAUUAGUCUCUCUUAGGGCUCAAAGGGUUAACAUUGAAACGUAAAAUUCCGGUUAUAGACCCCCCUCCCCUCCCAUACUGCUUUCCUUAGCCAAUAUUUCGACACAGAACUUUGCACGGUAUGUUUACUGUCAAACUUAGAAAACCGUUAUCGUAUUGUAACAAAUAAGGACAGAACGAUAAGAGUAUGCGAGUAAACCACCAAAAAACAAGCUUAUUUGAGAUACUGCGAAGACUUCGCGUUACUCGCUUAGGAUUUGAUUGUUUUCUUCGACACAACUACUUUCCACAAAUAUUCCCGGUCUUCACGGUUUUCUGAGUUUCCCAGUGAGCCGCAUCCACUUCGUCCACAUGCAUGUAUUAUUUAUUUCCACAUGCAUGUGUUAUUUAUUGCUAAGAAAACUCCCAGAGUGUGAGUCGCCCUUAUAAAAUGGAUUUCAGAGGAGCGUUGAUUAAACUUUGGGUUUCCUUCAUCUUUGGUCCUUAUUGGUUCUACGUAAUUGACCAUUCAGUCGUAAUCAGACGUUUUAUCAAGUGUAGUGUUUUUGUGUAUAGACUUUUAUCAAUUCUUUUAUCGCGGAAAACACACCGUUUGAUGACAACCUCCUUCCCAGCCUUUCCUUAUUCCUACUCUUUGGAGCGAGAGAGAAGGAGAGUCUUUUUCUCACUCCAGGGGUUCAGGAAGAAGAUAGUAAGGGAGCGAGAUUGGCUUGAUUGCCGAUCCUUGAAGAAACGUUGCAGCUAAAUGCUGUGAAGAUAAUGCUUCCUCUUGUGCGCUUCGUUUUCUUUGCAGUUCAUGUGACAUUAAGUACACCGAAGGAAUCCAGAGUUUAAACUGGGCAAAGAUUAUGAAAACCAUCAACGAUGAUCCUGAAGCGUUUAUCGACAAUGGUGGCUGGAGUUUCUUGGAUCCUGACAGCAGUGUAAGUGGUCUACCCCAGUCACUUGGGUUCUUGUUAGAUAGCGUACUUUUUCACAGAAAUAUUUACUGAAAGAUUUUUCCAACAAUUGUUGUCUUAUUGAAAUGUAAUAGCUCAUCGCAUUAAGUUUAAAUUUGUUUCCUUCUGCCAAACAUUGUUGUAAAUAUAUUUAUCAGAUGUCAUCGUUUUGGAAACACAUCAUGUGUUAGAGAAAUCCAGCUUGUGAAGACAUAUUUAUCCCUUAAAGUCACAAGUCUCGAGUACUACUUCCGCUAGAUAUCCUUUCGAUAUCUCUCGCGAGCAAAAGUAACCACUCCGCACUGUUUCACUCCCCUGUCGUGGAGGACAAGUGGCAAAGUUGCCGGCUAUUUAUUGUCCAAACUCCUAUGGAAAAUACUUAGCGAGGACCCUCGGCUUGAAUUGUUCUUAAGUAAGUGCAUUUCAACCUCAGGGUGAGGAAGGAGAAGACAGCGAGGAGGAAGCGGAAAGUGAGUACGCUCCGACAGAAUCAGAGGAAGAGGAGUCAUCGUCACAAGAAGAGUAUUCUUCUGAAACAGAGACGAGCGAAGACGGCUCAGGUGAGGACACUGCUCACGGGGGGCGGGGGAGGGGGGAAGGAGUGAAGGCGAUCCAUGAUGUUCGUGAAACCUCUACUGCGGGUACAAUUAUCUGUUAACAAGUUGGAAGUAUUCUGUAAAUUUAAAUUUGGUCACGAAAAUGGAAAUUCAGUAUGAGGGACGGAAAGAUUAAGAAGUAAUUUUCAGUUAUGUUGCACUUGGAGUAUUUUGAUUGUGUCCAUUUUUUAAGUGUGUGACGUUUCGUGGUGAUCAUUUGUGGUAAACGUGGAGGCGUCACUUCGUUCUGUUUUUGUUCAGUUCUUGUUCGUUUGUAAAUGAGCACUCUUUCGCGCAGGAAUCUCGUGUAACUCACACUUUUUUUGUUUGCGUCCACAUUUCUAAAUAACGCCAAAGAAAGAAAAAAAAUAGUUGAUUGACUAGUUUUGCCGCAAUAGCAUCCACCAGAUGACCAAGGGCUCUCCAAACGGUACCCUGCUUGUUUUUGUAUCCAGUUUUUGGUAAACUAUGCUGCUUGUGCUCUUUUGUUUGUAAUUAACAAAUCUUUUUAACAGCGAAGGGGGAGUUUUCAGAGAACUAGUUAAAUAUAUUGUUCAUAUGAACUGCAAAAGACAGUUGCUUCUUCAGUAUGAGUAAAAUUACCCAAAAAAAUGUUUUUAAGGGGCUUUGUUGCAAUUGAUACUUUUGUUGUCUUUUGUUUGUUUGCGUUGUUUUGUUCGUUUUUGUUUGUUUGUUUUUGUCUCAGGGCGCUCACUGUCGUGAAAGUUGGCUGAACAGGGCCUGCGAAAUAUGUAAAAGUUUUUACCAUUCUCAUUAUCGCUACCUCAUCAAAACCCCCCCGGGCGAUUAGGUCUUUACCGUGACUUUUGGAAAGCGAUUUUGACGUUUUCUUACAAUAACUGGACAGCAUUAAAGAAACCUCCCCAUCCUCUUGUGUUCUGUUAUAAAGGGGAAAGCUUUUUAGUCUGUUAGUCUUCUCUUUUAUGUUUUUCUAUUAUCUUGUUGAACUACGGUUACAGGUGAGGGUACGCUAAUCGAAUUGGCGAAUUAACAAAUCGACAAUCAGCUUGUGAUAUUACUGUAAAUUGUAGUAAUAACUGUAUAUGCUGAGUAAUGUUUUUCCUUUUUUCUGAAGAAUUCGAAGAAGAGAUGGGCAGUGAAGAGGAAAGCGGAAAAGACUGGUCUGAACUUGAAGAAGAAGCGGCCAAAGGUGAGCUCUUGAUCUUUCUUUAAUGGUCCUUGAGCCGUUUCCUUUGAUAUUUGCAAUAUUGUACUUUCCUUGUGCUGCAUUGUCACCAUGUCACUUCAGCUUUCAAGUUGUUUGUAAUUGUCAAUACGUUUUCCAGUCGUUUAAAAAAUAAAUGUUUAGUGUAUCAAAGGUUAGGCGUGGGAAUAAAGUUUCUGGUAACCUCAGGCAAAUAUAUCAUGUGACUUUCUCCUGCGGAGGCAAGACUUCUUUUGACAUGUAAAAAAAACUGCACAAUGAUGGAUUUUUCUAUAUGAAAAUUAUGCCAGAGAGUGCCCUAAUUUUUUUUUUUUUUUUCGCUUUUAAGAGUGACCGGAAAACGUUUCUUUAUCACCUUGAUGCGUGAAUGAGAAUUAGGCCUCGCGCACGAAACUCAGCGAGAAAAGGAGAUUUGACUGCUUUUUUAAGAGUGGAUAACUGUUUUAGAACAAAAUAAAGAAAGAUAUGUGGGGAAAAUAAUGCGGAGCCCUUUGCUUCGGUUCUUUAUGAAAAACUGAUAACAGCUGAUUCACGCUAUUUUGCCUCUUAGACUAGAAUUUUCUCUGUGUGUGGUAGCCACAAAUAUGGAAAUAAUUAGAAAAAAAAUUAACUCAAGGUCAGAGAAAAGUCGAGAAUUUUAAUUUGAGUGAGAGAAAUUAAAAAUUUGGCGGCGGAGAAGUCACGGAAAAGUAAAAUGUUGAAGUCAUAGUUAGACCUUUUUUGUGUGCGGUCUUUGGUUUGGUAAGGGCCGUGGUACAAAUUUCAAUCUUGUUUGAUUUGUUGAAAAGAUACGAGCGGUUGCAAGUAAGACGGGAUGGUAUGUAAGGGUGCUCCUGCAUGUUAUCUUGUACUUGUCUUUUCUUAAAAAUGUAUUGUUGUCAGUCCGGUAAUAGCCUUGGAAUUUUGACAACUGCAGCCAUGCUAAGGAACCUGCGACAUGUUUCUGUUCUCCAAAGUGACGCAGUAACAUGAAACAGUGGUAAAAUGAACCAGCGCCAAAGUCCGCCGUUCUGAUUUGUUUUCAUUUAUGUUCCUCAGCCGACCGUGAUAGGGGCCAAGAAGAAACUCCAUCAAAGAAGAGGAAAAAACCUAGUAGCAAACACGAAUCUCCACGCAAGAAAAAACGGAAGAGUUAAACAUUCCAAUGUUGAGUAAAUUUAAACAAGAGUUUGUUAGAAACGGGACAUCAUUUGCUGUCUUUCCAACGUUAUAACUGAAGAUGUCGUCUGCCGAAAGCUGCGGUAGGAAAGGAGAGCGAACUCGUGCGAACAUUAUUGUUUACAGUGGCUGGUGAAUGCGCGACAUUAUGCAUUCUGGUAUUAUUAUGGAUAGCACUUAGGCCGUUUUUAGUAGUUCAACUGACUGGCUAGAAUCAGUUACAACUCUCCCGUUAGACAAGUUCAUGUUUGGAGGGAUUUUUACUUUCGAGUAAAAUUUCACGUUUCCAUAAGAAGCCUGUUCAUUUUUGUAUUGACUGGUUUGGCCCACUAGUUGCAAGUAAUGGUGAGCCCUUUAGUUUCCAGCGGUAACGUAAUGCUUCAAAUAAGACUGGCGCUAGGAACAUGCCCAGUCUUUCGUUUUUCGUUAGUCGCCUAUAUUCUACAUCUUUUAGGUUUCUGUGAAUACUUGUAAAGUUAAAAAAAAUGUGUUCCGCCUAACGGUUUGACGUCUGUACUUUGAAUGUUGCUCGAGAAUUUCUCCGUUACAUGUACAUGUAUCUGUCCAAGGUCUGAUAGAAGCAAUAGGUUAAUAGGUGCCUUUGGUGACCGCACACUUUACAGCCUUAUAUCUGAGGCCGAGCAGUUAAUUGUUGUUAUUCCUGUCCGAACUUCGACAGAAAUCAUACGUUUGGCUUUGAUACGAAAGCUUCUUUACCUAGUUACCAACACAUUACUCUAUAUUUGUCCAAUCACAGUUGAGAUGCAUUACUUUGAUUGACAUUGACUGAGUUCAAGAUGGCAAUUCCGGGUGAGGGUUUGCAAAGUUAUUCUAUUAUUGAUAAACCUGAAAUCCUAGAUACUUUGAUUAGUUUCUAUAAACGAAAAUACCACCUGAUAUCGCAAAAAUAAAGAAAAAUUAUGGUAUAGUUGUAAAAACAAGGAGUUCAAGGACUGGGAUCA